AUUUUGCACCUUUUUUUGCUGGUUGGUUUGUGAGAUUGUACUUAGAUGGAGACCGAUGCAACGAGCCCUGUGUCGUGUGAUCCCAAGAAGCCUGUCGAUGCAAUAGAAACAAUCGAGGAGGUGAAUGAUUCUCCAAUUGAGGAAGUCCGGCUGACAGUAGCAAUAACGGAUGAUCCCACGUUGCCAUGCUUGACGUUUCGGACAUGGGUGCUGGGGAUAAUAUCAUGUGCAGCUCUAGCGUUCUUGAACCAGUUCUUCGUGUAUCGCCAGAACGCCCUCUCUGUAUCGUCCGUUGCUGCUCAGAUUUUAGUCCUUCCCGUUGGGAAGCUCAUGGCCGCAACUCUUCCAACAGAGGCGGUCAAGAUUCCCGGAACGAAAUGGUCCUUCACUAUGAAUCCAGGGCCUUUCAACUUAAAGGAGCAUUGCCUCAUCACCAUAUUCGCCAAUGCAGGCGUGACGGGCGCGUAUGCAGUCAACAUCAUCACCAUCAUCAAGGCGUUUUACCAUCGGAAAAUUAAUCUCGUGGCUGCAAUGCUACUCACACAUAGCACACAGUUGCUUGGGUACGGCUGGGCUGGAAUCUUCCGGAAGUUUCUAGUGGAUUCUCCCUACAUGUGGUGGCCUUCGAACCUCGUUCAAGUGUCUCUCUUCAGAGCAUUGCAUGAGGUCGAGGUGAGGCGAAAAGGAGGCCUCACCCGGCUGCAAUUCUUCACCGUGGUCUCUGUUUCGAGCUUUUGUUAUUACAUAAUCCCAAACUUUCUGUUCCCAUCCAUCACUGCUCUCUCCUUUAUAUGCUGGAUAUGGAAAGAUUCUGUAACAGCACAUCAGAUAGGAGGAGGGAUUCGAGGCUUGGGACUGGGCUCGAUCGCGUUUGAUUGGUCGACCAUUGCAGCCUUUGCAGGCAGCCCUCUAGCAGCCCCCGGCUUUGCUAUAAUCAACUUGUUGGUCGGCUUCAUACUGAUAGUCUACGUUAUGCUGCCAAUAGCCUAUUGGAACAACAUGUACAACGCAAAGCGAUUCCCCAUCGUUUCUGCACACGUCUUUGAUGCUACUGGAGCGACAUACAACACAUCAACAAUCCUAACUGGGAAGACCUUUGAAUUCGACCGGGCGGGAUAUGAUAGCUACAGCAAGGUUAACCUCAGCAUCUUCUUCGUGUUGAUCUACGGUCUCAACUUUGCAGCCUUGGCUUCUACUGUGUCACACGUAACGCUCUUUCAUGGAAGAACAAUCUGGCAGCAGACCAAGGCCUCGUUUCAGGAAAAGUUCGGAGACAUCCAUACUAGGUUGAUGAGGAAGAGCUACGAGCCUGUCCCGCAGUGGUGGUUCCACAGCCUCCUGAUCAUGGUGGUAGCAAUAUCCAUGCUUGCCUGUGAAGGCUUUGGAAGGCAACUGCAGCUUCCUUACUGGGGCGUAGCGUUGGCUAUGACGCUGGCCUUCGUGUUCACCCUUCCUGUGGGUGUUAUUGCAGCCACAACCAACCAGCCAGCAGGACUGAAUGUAAUAUCCGAGAUGAUAAUCGGCUACCUGUACCCGGGGAAGCCUCUAGCCAACGUCGUGUUCAAGACCUACGGCACCAUAAGCAUGUCGCAGGCCAUCACGUUCCUCUCCGACUUCAAGCUCGGCCAUUACAUGAAAAUCCCUCCAAAAUCGAUGUUCCUGGUUCAGCUCGUGGGGACGGUGAUCACUUCCUUGGUGAGCUUCGGCACAGCUUGGUGGCUCCUGACCUCCAUUAAACACAUUUGUGACCCAACAAAUCUGCCCCCGGGCAGCCCAUGGACCUGCCCGGGGGACGACGUGUUCUACAACGCCUCCAUAAUCUGGGGCGUUGUAGGGCCCCUUCGCAUGUUCGGGAAGCUGGGGCUGUACCAGGAGAUGAACUACUUCUUCCUGUUCGGGCUGGUGGCGCCUGUCCCCGUCUGGUACUUUGCGCGUAAGUACCCGGAGAAGAGGUGGAUCGGGUGCAUCAACAUCCCCAUUGUCCUGUCGGGGACACUGGGGAUGCCUGUGGCUAAAUCCGUCAACUGUGUUUCUUGGUUGACGGUGGGGAUCCUGUUCAACUUGGUGGUGUACCGGAGAUACAAGGGCUGGUGGGCCCGGCACAACUACAUUCUAUCUGCGGGGCUCGAUGUCGGGGUGGCCUUCAUGGGGACGCUGUGUUACUUCGCUCUGCAGUAUAAUGGCAUCAUUGGGCCUGGCUGGUGGGGGUUGCACAUCGACGAUCACUGCCCCUUGGCCAAGUGCCCCACCGCGCCCGGUAUCAAAGUUGAUCAAUGCCCUCUGCACUAACAAAACUCAUUUCAACAAAGUGUUUUUUUUAAAUGACAAUAGCUGAGAUGUGUAUAUAUAUAACUCAUUCAAUCAAUGCAAAGUCUGAAAACUUCAAUGA